AGGACCUCGGCUCCCCAGCAGCAGCUACUCCUCGGGGUGUUGCAAAAGUUCUGAGUUCACCUGCCAGCCCCCCUAGCAUCACACCCGACUGCUCCCAAGGGAAGGAGGACGGGGUCGUAUGUUGCAUACUUUAUACGGUGGGAACCGAUCCAUCUAGCAUCCCUCUUGGCUCCUGGCCAUGGCUGGGUACCUGCGGGAAUCAGACUUUGUGAUGGUGGAGGAGGGCGACUUUGCCACCAGAGAGCUGCUGGAGAGCUUGACCUUGGAGGGCUCGCGGCGGGGGGACGUCGCCGCCUUCUUCGUGGCAGACCUGGGUGAUGUGGUGAGGAAGCACCUGCGCUUCCUGAAGGCCCUGCCCCGCGUCCAGCCCUUCUAUGCCGUGAAGUGUAACGGCAGCCGAGGGGUGGUGAAGACCCUGGCGGAGCUGGGGACCGGAUUCGACUGUGCCAGUAAAAAAGAGAUUGAGUUGGUGCAGAGCAUCGGAGUCCCUGGUCACAAGAUCAUUUAUGCCAACCCCUGCAAACAGAUCUCGCACAUCCAAUACGCUGCCAGACACGGGGUCCGGGCGAUGACCUUUGACAAUGAAGUCGAACUAGUAAAAGUGGCCAAACGCUACCCCGGGGCCAGGAUGGUUUUGUGCAUUGCCACAGAUGAAUUUAAGUCUCCUGCCCACUUGAACAUCAAGUUUGGAGCCACGCUGAAGUCCUGCAGACAUCUGCUGGAAACCGCCAAGAAGAUGAAUGCGGACGUGAUUGGCAUAAGCUUCCACGUUGGCAGUGCCUGUUGUGACCCUCAGGCUUUCACUCAGGCCAUAGCAGAUGCCCGGCUAGUGUUCGAAAUGGGAGCCGAGCUGGGUUACGGGAUGCACCUACUGGACCUUGGCGGUGGCUUCCCCGGUCCGGAAAACUCCACGGUCAGGUUUGAAGAGCUAGCCUCUGUGAUCAACUCUGCCUUGGACUUGUAUUUCCCAGAGGGCUGCGGGGUGGAAAUCAUUGCAGAGCCUGGGCGCUACUAUGUGGCCUCUUCGUUCACCCUGGCCGUCAACAUCGUCGCCAAAGAAGACAUCCCAUCAGAGCGCCUCGGCUCAGACGGUGCUGGCGGUGUCACUCCCAAGAGCAUCAUGUACCGUGUGAACGACGGUGUUUUUGGAGCCUUCAACUCCGUCCUCUUUGACAACACCUGCCCUGCCCCCGUCCUGCAGAAGGAACCCCCUCCCAAUCAGCCCCUUUACAGCAGCAGCCUCUGGGGCCCGGCCUGCGACGGACCUGACCCCAUCGCCGAGGGCCUGCAGCUGCCCGACCUACAAGUGGGAGACUGGCUGACGUUUGAGAACAUGGGCGCUUAUACCGUGGGCCCGACCUCCCCGUUCAGCGGGGCCCGGCCCGGCCGAAUCAUCUACACCAUGUCCAGGAUGCCCUGGGAAGAUCUGCAAAGGAAACUCCUGCAGGCGGAGGAAGACCGCGAGAGCAGGUGCAAGCCGCUUUCUUGCGGAUGGGAGAUCGCCGACGUGCUGUGUGUGACCCCCGUCUUCACCCCGACCAGCAUCAUCUGAGCGGCCCUUGGACUGGGCUAGUAACGCCGUGUUGGGGAGGGGGUUGGGAGGGGACGGGAUGCUCCUUAGUUGGGGGAAGGAAGGUGGAGGGUGGAAAGAACGCCUGUCCUUCCCACCCCCCACCCCGCCUCCGGCGUUCUGGCCCUUAAGACCAGUCGAAAAAUCCUUGUAGUUGAAGUAUGCAACAUAAAUCCUGUUCCUUCUAACGAA